AUGAGCCAACACUCAUACCUCGAAUACCACGACGGCUGGUAUCUUUGUACGUUGUGUCAACGAUGGUUCAUCUCGGAGACUGCCUACUAUUCCCACUGCAGGUACACAUCGCAUCACGAGUGGUGCGGGAGAUGUUCUCGUGUAUUCCGCACGACAGCAGCCAAGGAGGCUCACCUUGAAGCCUCAUCUUCACACAACAUCUGCUACCGUUGCGCUGAUGAGGAACCUGACUUCGAUACCUACGCGGAGCUGAAGAGGCACCUAGAAGAAAGCCACCAUUACUGCCACCCUUGCGAAACAUACUUCUGUUCUGCUAUCGCUUUGCAACAGCAUGAUGUCCUCGAGCACUUUCUGUGCAUCGAAUGUGGCGAGUUCUUUGAGAGCGCGAAUAAUUUGAGGAUGCAUAAGCAGACGCACGACCCUCGUGAUUUCAUAUGCUAUGGCUACAACUGUGACCGAAUGUUCAAAUCAUUCUCAGGCAUGCUCAUCCACCUCGAGUCCGGUAACUGCGAUUCUGGCGCCACGAAACACGAUAUCGACGAGAUAGCAAGGAAUUUUUACGAUAGCUCAGAGUACAGGGACAUGAACGAUGAUAAUACGCCAUACUUUUGUCCGAGCUGCGCAUCAUGGUUCGGCAAACUCUCCGCAUUGUAUCAACAUGUUGAGGAUGUACUAGAUUGUGAGAGCGAUGUGCUGAAUAGUUUGGAACGAUCGAUAGAAUGCCGGAUCUGA